AAAAAAGUUCACGGAAGUUCAUUUGCUUGUUUGCCUGUAAUUGCAGGAAUUCUGGAUUGUGAAUACCAGUUCUGAAGAACCUUUGUUAAGCAAAUUGAUACAAAAUCCUCCACUACUGACUGUGGAAAGCAGGUUUCAGUCAAAUGUUAGAUAGUGAUUCAACUGCUGGUGAAAAAGUUUGAAGAUCCCAGAAAGUGAAGCUGCAGACAAGCAAUGCAGGAAGCAGGCUGCAGGAAGAAAGAAGAAAUGCACAAUGUGUGCGCUACAAAUGGGAGACCAGAUGAGUGCUGUGUGGAGCAUGGAGAGAGACUACAGCUGUUUUGCCAAGACGAUGAGGCCUUUAUCUGUGUCCUGUGCAUUCCCAGGCAUUCUGGUCACAGUUUUGUGUUCCAGAAGGAGGCAUUCAGUGUAUAUAAGGAAUAUGCUGUUAGUUUGAAACAAGAAUUUGCCAAACUGCACCAGUUUCUUCAAGACAAGGGACAGAAUCUUAUCCAACAGCUUAAGAAAGACGCAGCUACCUUGACACAAAUGGAAGAAAAUCUUGAAAAACAUCUCCUUGCUUCUGAUACAGAAGAGUUUUGUGGUAAAUUGGAGUUUACAAACAAAAAAGUUAAGACUCUGAAAGAGAAAAAAGGCAAAUUUGAAUGCAUUGAAAAUAACAAGGCCACUCGGGAAACAUUUGGCGAUAACUUGGAGCUCAAAAAACAAUACCCAGUUGUUUUGCUUACAGUACCAGAGACCUUUGAGGAUAUUGCCAUCACUUUCUCAGAAGAGGAGUGGAAGAUGUUAUCAAAGCAAGAUAAGGAGUUGUACAGGGACGUGAUGGUACAGAACUAUGAAAACAUGGUUUCAGUGGGAUACAAAAUUUCUGGAAAGAUGCUGUUAUCAUUAUUAAAAGAAGAUAAGUUACCGAAGGAUGGCAUGGAGAGUAAAAGUUCUUCAGAAAAGAAGAAAAAUAAGCUCCAGAAUACCAGAUAUACAGAUUACAGUUCGGGUUGCAAUCGGCAUUCAUCAGUUGGGAGACCCCACUUACAUCGCCCAAAAGAGAACUUGCAGCAGUGUGUUCAGCCUGUUAAAGGCUACAGGAAGCUUCGUGCCACUCCUGUACCCAAACUUCACACAGGACAUGACCACAGCAAGAGCUCUGAAUGUGACAAUGGGACACCUUCAUUGCAUCACCCAACAGAAAACCUGCAGCAGUGUGCUCAGCCUUUGAAGGGAUUCAACAAGUUUCAUGUAAACCCUGUAAAACAACUUAACUACAGCAAGAACACUGAAUGUGCCACAGGCUUUACUGUGCAGCAGAGUCCAGAAAUGCAUCAGAGACCUCGCCUGUGGACUAAACCAUAUAAAUGCACUGAAUGCAGUAAGUGUUUCACAUGCCUUAGUAGCCUUCAGUAUCACUAUACCAUUCACACCGGAAAGAGACCAUAUAAAUGUACUGAAUGUGAUAAGUGCUUUGCAAGCAAAGGGCAGCUGAAACAACAUCAGAACUGUCACACGGCGACUAAACAAUAUCACUGUGCUCAGUGUGGAAAGGCUUUCAUAUGGCGCACUAGUUUUCAAUUGCAUCAAGCCUCUCACACGGAAGAGAAGCCAUAUAAAUGUGCAGAAUGUGGCAAGUGCUUUCCAAGCAAGGGACAGCUAAAACAACAUCAGAACUGUCACACAGCAACUAAACGAUAUCAUUGUGCUCAGUGUGGUAAGUCUUUCAUAUGGCGCACUAGUUUUCAAUUUCAUCAGGUUCUUCACAUGGGGCAGAAACCCUAUAAGUGUACUGAAUGUGAUAAGUGCUUUGCAAGCAAGGGGCAGCUAAAACAGCAUCAGAGCUAUCACACACCGACUAAACAAUAUAAUUGUGCUCAGUGCGGUAAAUCUUUCAGAUGGCUCAGUCGUUUGCAGGCGCAUCAGUUUGUACACACAGGCGAAAAACCAUAUAAAUGCACUGAAUGCAAUAAGUGCUUUACAAACAAGGGACUGCUAAAACAACAUCAGAACUGUCACACAGUGGAUAGACCAUAUAAAUGUGAUGAAUGUGGUAAGUGUUUUAAACAAAAGGUAUAUUUAAUUGACCAUCAAAACUCUCACACAGGCAUUAAACAGUAUAAAUGCUCUGAAUGUAAUACAUGUUUUGCAUAUCUCCGUAAUCUUCGAAAGCAUCUUGCAAUUCACAGAGAGAAACCAUAUAAAUGUAAUGAAUGCAAUAAAUUCUUUGCAGUUAAGGAACACUUAAUAUGUCAUCAGAACUGUCACACAAGGAGUAAAACAUAUAAAUGUGCUGACUGCAGUAAGUGCUUUGCUCGAAAGGAACACUUGAAACGCCAUCAGAACUGUCAUACAGGGAGUAAACCGUAUAAAUGUGCUGAAUGCAGUAAGUGCUUUGCACGGAAAGAGCACCUGAAUAGCCAUCAGAACUCAAUACACAGAUCUGCAUUGACGUCUAGCAAUGCAGUUCAAACUGUAGAUAAAUAAUUUGUUUUUUAACGAUAAAAAUAUUGUAAGCAAAAGACUGGAGAAGGUAUACAGAGAAAUAUAAAAAAGUGCACAACAAGCAAACCAUUGAGGAACUAGAAAAUUUCAUAGGAAACUGUGAAAGAAAACAACAAUAUUGAAACCACCCAAAAUUAAAAAAAAUGUUAAAUUCUGGAGAAAAAGAUAUCCUGUUGAAGUUAACACAAAAUGUUCCAUAAAUAAAUGAAGGAAAAGAAACCUUAAGAAGUGAUAACAUAAAAACCAAAGAUGAAAAGGUUGCACAAACCACAUUGUAAAAUCUCCAAGGAAGACUCAGUAAAGCUGAAAUCUUCACUGUGGAAUCCAUUAAACUUCCUGUAAUGGAGGCCCAUGGGAUAUAUGCAAAUUGCCUCCUAAGGUUUUCAACUACAUAGCUUCUGAAUGUCAGUGUGACUUUUUAUUUGGUUUGGAUGUUAUGUAUGAUGUUUUGCAAUCACUGAAUUAAAGUACUGAGUAAUGCACAGCAUUCUUUACAGCGAAACGUAAUCGACAACUAAAAGAACGUACGCAAGUACAUAUAAAUGACAUUUUAAAUAAGAAUAAAAAUAAUGCACUUGUUUAACAUAUUAUGAAUACAGAUGACUGUUUAAAAAGUGUCUGAAUGUGAAUUUACAACGAUGUGAUUUUAUGAACUUUUCUGAAGAAAAUGCAUUAAAAGAACUGCUGCCCAACCACGUAAUGUAAAUGCAAUGUUAUCUGUCAACCUUUCUUGAAGAAAAUGAGUUCAAAACAUUGCCUCUUCUGAUGUGCAUUUAAAUUAAUUGUAUCUAAGUAUAUUUAUGUGUGUGGGUUCUGUGACUUACAUUACUAUUUAAAUGAGUUUCGGUGGGCUUGUUUCUAAAUUUUACCUGAAGAAACUGAUGGAGAAAACAUGUUAGUAUCUUUGUUUUUUACAUUCUAGUGAGUGCAUUUUUGCAGUAAAAUGUUCCAUGCUGUGCCAUGGUGUCCAAUAAUUUUUUUUUUCUUUUUUGCAAUCGCCUUUUUGUUAUUGACAUGAAGUAUGAACAAACAGUCCACUUAUGCUGUAUUGAUGAGCUCAGAAAAAGGACAAAACAUGGCAUGUACAGCUAGUGAGGUUUAACUUUAUUGUCCUGAACAUACCAGUAAAGACUAAAACAAUGUCAUGGGCAUUUAGAAAUAGUGUAGCUGAACAAGGUAUGCCCUUAAUAGGUCAUUUGCAUAUGUCCCAUAUACCUCCAUUACAGGAGCUUUAAGGUAUUCCACAGUGAAGACUUUAGCUUUGCUAGGUCUUUCUUGAUGUUUUUACUAAAUAUUAACACAUGGGAAAAGUUCCUUAAUAGAAAAGUGCAGCCCGUGGUGCUGUAAUCGGCUUCUGGCUAAUGGUAUGAAAAAUUUGCACCAUAACUUAGACUUUGGUUACCAAAAAAUAAAAAUUAAAAAAAAAAAAAAAAACGUAUGCAUACCUUAAACAGAUGCUAACAUGGUUAUUGAUGAACACUAUACUUCUGAAACACUGACCUGCAAGCCAUCCUAAGAAAUGUUGACUUGUACCUUGCCUUCAGGCAGCAUGAACAUUCUAUAUAGAAACUGCUGUUGAGUUUAAAGUCAUUUAGAAAUUCAGUCAUGAAAAUCAUGACAAACGUAAUAAUACGUGGAACCAACAAUCAGCUGUUACAAAACAAACCCUUUAUUGAGAGCUAGAAAAAAGGGAGCAUGUUACAAAAAAUGGCAAUAUUCCACAUUCAUAGAUCAUACAGAUCUUUAAAAUGUACCAUAUGAGGAUAAAUUGCAUAUCAUUCACUGGGAAACAAUGCAAUGUAGUUUACUUUCCGAAGUAUAAAUACAGUAUUCAGUAAAGUGUAUUUCAGGGCGAUGCUUUUUACUGCCUUCGCUGUUUUGUCUCGCUUCCAACCCAUUAAGCACUUUAUCUGACAGAUUAGGCUGUGGUUACAACUUGACUCCAGGAAAGCAUGCUUGUCAAAUGACAUCUCCCUUCUUUUUUUGUGGAUAAUUUAAAACUGCAUAGCUCAUUUGAGAAGAAUAUGAGAGUACAUCAAAGGGUUAAUAUUUCUUCAGAGUAGAGCCGAAUGACAUUUGACCUUCACUAAGGCUGGCUUUACACAUAGGUGAACUAGGCAACCUCCUAGGGUGCCAUGCUAGUAGAGGCACUUAUUUAUUUUUUAGAGCAAUGUUUGAUUACUCCAAAAAAAUAAAGAAAUACAACAUCGCUACAGGAAACAAAAUGCACCCACAGUACAACGGCCACUUAUGGGGGUCCAACUGACUUAACAUUCAGAUCAAGUUACAUUUAAAGAAAAGCAGCAGAUGGAUGUCUUAACAUUCCUGCUCACUUUGACACUUUAUGUCCCUGUUUUCUGACACUGGAGUUAAAAAAAAAAAAAAUAAAUAAAUAAAAUAAUAGUAAAGAAAAUAAACGAGUAUGAUGACAAUUUUUGCAUAUUCCACAUUCCAGCAGCAUAAAACAAAUUGCAGCACAGAUUCCAACAACUGUCAUGAGCUGUAAAAUGAGCUGCUGUUGUUCACCUCCAAGCUGAUAUCAGGGUGUCUCUUAAGAAGCCAUGUGCUUUUCUUUUCCAAAUUCCCAGAUGUCCUUCAAGGAUGCAUCUGCAGUCCUAA